UGUGCAGCUAAUGUUGUCAAGUUGAUGGUCCAAGAUACCUUAGAAACAGCAAGCCCGAUAAUCCACAAGGUCCGGGAAAGUAUUCGGUAUGUUCGAAGUUCACAGGCAAACCAGGAAAAGUUCACUGAGAUGGCUCAAAUUGUUGGGGUUGAUUGCCAGAAUUGCUUGAAUCUUGAUAAUUCAUUUUAUUGGAACACAACAUAUAUCAUGAUUGACACUGCUUUGGAGUACAAAGAUGCAUUUCCCCUUUUGCAAGAACAUGAUUCUGGGUAUGGAAUGUGUCCAUCUGCCACAGAGUGGGAUAGAAUAAGUGCCAUUGCUAGCUUCCUAAAGCUCUUUGUUGAAGUUUCCAGUGUUUUUGCAGGAAGCAAGUAUCCUACUGCAAAUACAUACUUUCCAGAGAUCUGUGAUAUUCAUUUGCAGUUGAUUGAGUGGUGUCAAAACUCAGAUGAUUUUGUUAAUUCUUUGGCUCUAAAGUUGAAAAGCAGAUUUGAUGAGUACUGGAAAAAAUGUAGCUUGGCUUUGGCAAUUGCAGCCAUCUUAGACCCACGAUACAAGAUGAAAUUGGUUGAAUACUAUUAUCCUCAAAUAUAUGGUGAUAGUGCUCCAGACUGUAUUAAUAUUGUUUCAGAUUGUAUGAAGGCUCUGUAUAAUGGCCAUGCUAUUUACUCACCAUUAGCUCCGAAUGGUCAAGCUGAAGCAUCUCAAGUUGGUGGUGCUGGUGCUAAUAAUGAUCGGCUGACAGGGUACGACAAAUUCAUCUAUGAGACCUCACAGAGCAACAACAUAAAAUCAGAUUUGGAUAAAUACUUGGAAGAGCCGCUUUUCCCUAGAAAAGCCGAUUUUAGCAUAUUAAACUGGUGGAAGGUUCACACUCCAAGGUAUCCUAUUCUGUCCAUGAUGGCACGGAAUAUUCUUGGAAUGCCUAUGUCAAAAGCUUCAUUAGAGUUUGUAUUCAACACUGGGAAUAAAGCUCUUGAACAGUAUCGCAGUUCGCUAAGAUCAGAUACCUUGCAAGCUUUGAUGUGUGCCCAGGACUGGAUGCGUGAUGAAUUUGAAGAUUCAAGGGCUUCAUCGAGCACUGUUACUCUGGCCCUAUGCUAUGAUGCAAAAUAAUAGCAAGCUUUUGGUAUGCUUUUGUCAUUCCAGGUUGCCAUUCUUUUGCUUUCUGUGUAUAUUAGCAUCUUCUAAACAGUUUCUCUCCUUGUUAUGUUAAGAUUUUGUAGAAAUUAGUUCAUUUGAAGAUUUUGCUUUUCCAGAGCUUCCAUAAGUUGGUGAUAGAAAUCAUUUGCUCUAACUUUAUGCCAAACAUCAGAUGGGAUCUUUUGUUCAAGAAUCUAACAGUUUUUGCCGUGUUAGGCCCCAUCAGUUAACUUAUUUAUCUGUAUGUAGUUUUUUUUCCCCUUCCCAUUGUGGUAUUUGGACAAGUCAAACUGGAAGCCUUUCCAUGGGGAUGGAUCGUUCAGAACUUGUGUAACUCAUGCUCAUUAUGGUCAGUGAUUUGUUCAUCUGAACCAGCUGAGUGGAAAAUUGCGAGGUAUUCUUGGAUUUUUGCAGCUUUCGUUCCCAUGCUCCAGCCUACUAGGAGAUGGUAGAGUCUGCUGUUUUGUAUUUCAACCUCCUAAGGUGUGACGGUCGCAGCCAAAUAAAGGGAGAAGUGAAUAAUGAGUUAUUCAAACUAGUUGGAGAAAAUAUCCAAAGAAUUUUAUAGGGUUUUUGCUCACUACGGGACCUUACAAGAACCAUAUGUAGCAUGACUCUAAUUUCAGUUUUUCGAUUAUUUGGUAUAUUCUGACAAAAAAGAAAGACUUUGUUGUAUGACUUUAGGAAGAAUUUUUACAACAUAAUGACCUACCAACUUAUAGAAUCUGCACAAAAUGUUCCUCA